UCAUAAUUCAACACUCACUAGCCAGUCGUCGUUAUCAAACCUUUGGCAAAUGUCAUUGGCGGUCGGCAGUAGUCUGCUCUAUUAGUUCUAAUCUGGCAUGAGGUGAGUGCUGGUCGUCAUCGGUUGUUGUCUUAAUAUAGACUCAGAAAACAAAUUGUUUGGUCGUUUAGCGCGGACGACGAUAGCCAAAGAUUAUUAAAUGAAUUUAAACUAAAGCCGAGAAAACAAUAACAAAACGCGAAUAAUAAACAUAACGGUCGGUCGCAUGGAUGUUGACGUAUGAAAGACUAGCCGCAUAAUAAAUGGAAUUUCUUCUAAGCAGCCGUUAAUCUUGUAACGCGGGUGGUUGAUUGUUUGUCUCUAUUUUUUUUUGGAAGACACAAACUAAUGUACGAAUAAAAGGAAUAAUAAUAAGAGAAUAAAAAUAAUUUUUAAAGCAGCAUCGUAUGCAUGUGACGGCACCAGCAACAGGAUAAAAAAAAAAAAUAAAUAAAACAACGCGAAGUAAAGACAAAAUGCGUAGUUUUUGAAUGAAAGGAUAUUAAAACGCAAAAAGUAAAACGGAAAAUACAAUAGUGGUGUGCUAUCUCAUAAGUUGAGUGGAAUCGAAGUGAACAAAAAAGUGUAAAUUUGAUAUUUUUGCAAAAGAAAAUUUUGCUGUGGGAAGAGGAUAACAUAUGUGAUUGUUUUGUAGUUGUUGUUUGCAGAAUUGUUUUGUUUCGAAAAACAGCAUCUGGAUUUUCUGUUUUUAAUUUGAACCACAUAGUCUCGUAAUUUCUCUACAAAAAUGCCACAAAAAUCAAAGAAAAUGAAACCACUUGUACCUGUAAAUAAGCUGAUACUCGUUAGUGCCUUGGGCUUCCUUUUGGGAAUAUGUGGCAUACUAAUCGGUAUGUUUUGGGAGCAAAUAUUUAAUACCAUGUUAAAUAAGGAAAUGGUCCUUCGACCCGACUCUGUGAUUUACACACGAUGGAAAAAUCCACCCUUGGAUUUAAAUUUAGAUAUAUAUUUAUAUAAUUGGACAAAUCCGGAAGAUUUUGGCAAUUCUUCGGUGAAACCCAUUUUGGAGCAAUGUGGACCAUAUCGUUUUCGAGAGAAACCCGAUAAGGUCGAUAUAAAUUGGCAUCCGGAAAAUGCCUCGGUAACAUAUAAAAGGAAAAGUCUAUAUUAUUUUGAUGCUGCUGGCAGCAAUGGAAGUUUAGAUGAUAUAAUUGUCACCCUGAAUGCGGUAGCCCUGGCCGCUGCUGCAAAAACCAAAUACUGGGAUGUCAUGAACACCAGAAUGGUAAACAUGGGCUUGUCCGUUUACCAACAAGAGUUGUCCAUCAGCAAGACAGUCGAUGAGUUGUUGUUCACGGGCUACAGCGACGAUAUGAUGACCACUGCCCGAACCAUGACGAAUAUUUUUGGGAAGAAAGUGGAGGUGCCAUUCGACAAAUUUGGAUGGUUUUAUACGCGCAAUGGCAGUGCCGAAUUGACCGGUGUCUUUAAUGCAUAUACCGGAGCCGAUGAUAUCAGCCGCAUGGGUCAAAUGCACACGUGGAAUUACAAAACCAACACAGGUUUCUUUGAAUCCCAUUGUGGAAUGGUCAAUGGUUCGGCGGGGGAGUUUUAUCCGAAAAAUUUAACACCCGAUAGUAUUGUGGGUCUAUUUACACCGGAUAUGUGUCGUACAGUACCCUUGGAGUACACAGAGGCUGUGGAAAUCGAAGGCAUUCGAGGUUAUAAAUAUUCUGGCGGUGCGAGAGCUGUGGAUAAUGGAACCCUAUAUCCCGAAAAUGAAUGCUUUUGUGGUGGAGAAUGUGUACCCUCAGGACUUAUGAAUGUUUCCGCCUGUCGCUUUGGUACUCCCGCCUUUAUGUCUUUUCCACAUUUCUAUCAAGCCGAUCCCUUCUAUGUGGAUCAAGUAGAGGGUUUGGAACCCGACAAGGAAAAACAUGAAUUCUAUAUGAUUUUGGAACCUAAAACUGGCUUAACAUUGGAGGUGGCUGCCCGAUUUCAAGUGAAUAUGUUGGUGGAACCGAUUAAGGGUAUAAGUAUCUACGAAGAUGUCCCCCGCAUAUUCUUCCCCCUAAUAUGGUUCGAACAAAAGGUACGCAUCACACCCGAAUUGGCUGCCGAAUGGAAAUUGAUACCUCGUGUCUUAUUGGGUGGUCAAAUAUUCGCGGGGGUCCUCUUUGCCAUUGGUGUCAUCAUGCUGGCAUGGUAUCCAAUGCAGCAUUUAUGUUUCGGGCGUAAAAAUCGUAGGGGUACUUCGUCAACCAACAAGAUUCACAGCAGCGAAAAUGGAGUUGUUGCCGAAUUGAAAGCAUUACAAAAUCACAAAGACACCGUACCGGAACAAUCACCACUUUUAGAGAAGUCCACCAAAUCCUUGACAAUAACAGAAUCUAAUGGUAAAAAGGAAUGAAACCACUAGCCAAUGUAAUAUGCCAAAGAUGCCCUCAAGCUCAAGUUGUGUAUGACCUCAAAUAAAAUAGAAGUAAAUCACUUUGGCUAGCCCAUUGGACAUUGGAAGAGUUUUAUGAAUUAACAAAUUAUUAGAAAUAUGGGUCCAAUGUUCGAGUUAGCAUUAGAUGUGAUAUAAAAAGUGCCAAUAAAUUUUAUGAUAUGCCAGAAUUUUUUAUUUUCAAGCUAUUCCCAAUCCUUCCUAUUUGUAUUGAACUCUUACUUUUUUUGUAUGCAACAACAAAUUGUUUUUUAUAUCUAUAUUAAAUACUCUAUUGUAAAAAUAAGUUAAGUAUAAACAAAUUGUUAUACAUGUGUGUAUAUACAGACACUAUUGGUCUUGCUAUAGUUUUUAUAGUAAUUACCUUUUUUUAAGAGUUAUAUAUAGACAUUCAUAUAUAUAUAAAUAAAUAUACAAUAUAUUGUAGGCGAUCUUGAAAUCCCUAGUUUUAAGUUUAUUAUUUUGUUGUGUUUCUUCUUACAUUUUAUGUAAUUAUAUGCCACCAGUUUUUUUCAUUUCAUUCAGUAUUUUUAUAAAAUGAACAAUUUAUAUGGACAAAAAAAUAUAUAAAGAAUUUUAUAUAAACAUAGAUUGUUAAAUAAAUUUUUAGUUGUAGUUAUUAAAAAAAUGAAAUUUUAUAACAAAAUUCAAAUGAAAUUGGAUAAAAGAAUAAAAAAAGUAAAAAAACCAAACUGAAA